AUCAUUGAUGUUUUUUUUUUGCGAAAUAAAUUUCGGAAAUUUUAAAUAAAUUAAGCAAUUCGUGUAAGUGCUUAAAAAUUUAUUUAAGAUGAGCACUACCGGCGUGUUACCGUUUGUCCGAUCCAUAGAUUUUACUAGAAAUGAUUUUAGCAAAGAUUUUCCUGAAAAUUUGGCUCUUAUGUCAGGGCUGCAAUAUCUGAAACUCGAUAAAACAGAAAUAACAGAAAUUCCUGAGGAAUUGGGAAAGUUAGGAAAACUCGAGCAUCUCUCGUUGAAGAGCAAUGAAAUUGAGAAAUUGUAUGGAGAAGUUACAGAACUUUCAAAUCUUCGAAGUCUCAACAUCCGGAAGAAUCAAAUCAAAACAUCGGGCGUGCCAAAUGAGUUGUUUAAUUUAUUUGAGUUAACAACAUUGGAUUUAUCGCACAACAAACUAAAAGAUGUUCCUGAGGGUCUUGAAAAGGCAAAAAGUUUGCUGGUGUUAAACUUGAGCCAUAAUCAGAUUUGUGCCAUACCACCAGGAUUAUUCAUCAACCUUACCGACCUUCUUUUCCUAGAUUUGUCAAAUAACUUUUUGGACACACUUCCACCUCAAACUCGUCGCCUUACAAACCUUCAAACACUGAUCCUGAACAAUAAUCCUCUGGAACUCUUUCAACUUCGUCAAUUGCCAUCACUUCAACACCUUGAAGUUCUCCUUAUGAGGAACACGCAACGCACAUUACUGAACUUUCCUGCAUCUUUAGAUAACUUAAUAAACUUAAUUGAACUUGACAUCACACAAAAUAAUUUGCCAAAAAUUCCCGACGUCAUUUACAAUCUCGUCAAUUUGAAGCGAUUGAAUGUCAGCGAUAACGAAAUCAAAGAUGUGUCACCAAACAUUGAAGCACUACAAAAACUUGAAUCAUUAAACUUGUCGCGUAAUGAGAUCACAUCACUGCCAUCAUCCCUGUGUAAGCUGGCGAAGCUGCGUCGUCUUUAUGUCAAUGACAAUCAAUUAAAUUUCGAUGGAAUUCCAAGCGGAAUUGGCAAACUUGGAGCUUUGGAAAUUUUUUCAGCAGCAAACAAUCAGUUGGAAAUGAUUCCUGAAGGUCUUUGUCGAUGUGGAAGUUUAAAGAAACUUAACUUAAGUUCCAAUCAAUUAAUCACACUUCCCGACUCGAUUUAUCUUCUUGGUGAUUUGGAUUUACUCGAUUUACGUAAUAAUUCUGAUCUUAUCAUGCCAGCAAAGCCAAUCGAAUUACAAAAAGGCGACGGUGUUGAAUUCUACAACAUUGACUUCUCGCUUCAAAAUCAACUUCGCCUUGCAGGAGCUCAAAUUCCACCAUCAGUUGCAACACCAGCAACAAAUCCAAGAGAUGCAAUUGCAAGAAAAAUGAGACUAAGACGUGCUCGCAAUCAAGAUUCCGGUGGCGAUCAAGACUCAGCGAAGAUUCUGAAAGGCAUGAAAGAAAUUGCGAAAGAAAAGAACAACAGCGAGAAUGGAAACGAUGAAAUGGUUCAAAGUUUACAACCGAAACGAUGGGAAGAAACGCUUGAGAAGCCACCACUUGAUUAUUCAGAAUUCUUUGAAGAUGACGACGGACAAGCGCCAGGAAUAACAAUCUGGGAAAUUGAAAAUUUCCUUCCAAAUAAAAUCGAAGACAUCACACAUGGAAAGUUUUACGAAGGCGAUUGUUACAUCGUUUUAAAAACGUUUCUUGUUGAAACGCAAUUGUCAUGGGAGAUCUAUUUUUGGAUUGGAAAUGCAACGACAUUGGAUAAGAAAGCUUGUGCAGCGAUUCAUGCUGUUAAUUUAAGAAAUUAUUUAGGUGCAAGAUGUCGAACAAUUCGUGAAGAACAAGGCGACGAAUCGGAUGAAUUUCUAGCGCUCUUUGACAGUGACAUUGUGUACAUUGAAGGUGGACGGACAUCGACUGGCUUCUUUACAAUUGAAGACAGCGUUUUCAAUACUCGCCUUUACAUCGUUCACAAUGACGACAUUGCAAUCAAUUUGGAGCCUGUGGAGAUGAUUUACGAGACGUUGGAUGUUGAAAAUGUUUUCUUACUUGAUGGUGGAUUGAAAAUUUUCCUUUGGUUUGGAAAGAAAGCACGCAACACAGUCAAGUCAAAGUCACGUUUAAUGGCUGAGAAAAUCAACAAAAAUGAGAGAAAAAACAAAGCUGAGAUUGUAAUGGAAAUUCAAGGGAAUGAAAGUGAAGAAUUUUUGAAACUUUUGGGUGUUGAAGAUGUUGAAUCGAAGCCUGAAAUUAAGAAAGUUGCAGUUGAAUGGAAGGCAAGAAACCCGCGACUUUAUUCUGUUCAGCUGGGUCUUGGUUAUCUUGAGAUGCCGCAGGUUGAAGUUCCACAACAGAAGCUCGUCCACACACUGUUGAACAGCAAAAAUGUUUAUUUACUUGAUUGCGGACCAGAUCUUUUCGUUUGGUUUGGGAAGAAGUCAACGCGACUUGUGAGAGCGGCUGCAAUUAAAUUAUCACAAGAAUUAUUUUCAAUGAUUAAACGACCGCCAUUCUCAAUGAUUACACGAAUUCAAGAAGGAACAGAAAAUCAAGUUUUUAAGUCGAAAUUCGCUGGAUGGGAUGAAGUCAUUGCUGUUGAUUUCACGAGAACAGCUCAAUCAGUAGCACGAACUGGAGCUGAUUUAUCACGUUGGGCAAAGAGUCAAGAGACAAAAGUUGAUUUGUCAGCUUUGUUCAUGCCACGACAGCCGACGAUGACAUUGUUGGAAGCACAACAAUUAGCUGAAGACUGGAAUUACGAUUUAGAUGCGAUGGAAGCUUUCGUUCUUGAAGGAAAGAAAUUCAUUCGAUUACCGGAAGAAGAACUUGGAAUCUUCCAUUCAUCAGAGUGUUACGUCUUUUUGUGCCGUUAUUGCAUCCCUGUUGAUGAUCCACCAGAGAAUGGUGAAGAAAAUGGUCAAGACAAUCAACCAAUUGAAGACGAAAUCACUUGUGUCGUUUACUUUUGGCAAGGUCGCGAUGCUGGCAACAUGGGAUGGUUGACAUUUACAUUCACACUUCAAAAGAAAUUCAAAGCAAUGUUUGGUGAAACUUUGGAGGUCGUAAGAAUUCAUCAACAACAAGAAAACUUAAAAUUUAUGAGUCAUUUCAAAGGAAAAUUUGUCAUAAAAAAUGGCAGGCGGUCUGAUAAAAAGAAGAAAAAAUCGCCGAAUGAAAAAUUACCAGUGGAAUUUUAUCAUCUUAGAAGUAAUGGAAGUUCUCUUUGUACUCGACUUAUUCAAGUUAAACCCGAUGCUUCACUACUUAAUUCCGCUUUUUGCUACAUACUUAAUGUUCCUUUUGAAACUGAUGAUGAUUCAGAGUCUGGAAUUAUUUAUGCUUGGAUUGGAUCAAAGACAACAGCUGAAGAGUCAAGAUUGAUACAAGAAAUUGCCGAGACAAUGUUCAACAACCCUUGGGUGAGUCUACAAGUCAUCAAUGAAGGUGAAGAACCACAAAACUUCUUCUGGGUUGGAUUAAAUGGAGAGAAACCUUACGACAAAGAUGCCGAAUUUAUGAAUUUUACAAGACUUUUCAGAUGCUCGAAUGAAAAAGGAUAUUUUACAGUGGCAGAAAAAUGUUCUGACUUUUGUCAAGAUGAUCUUGCCGAUGACGAUAUAAUGCUUUUAGAUAAUGGAGAACAAGUUUUCCUUUGGCUUGGCUCUCGUUGCAGUGAAGUUGAAAUAAAACUUGCUUAUAAAUCAGCUCAGGUUUACAUUCAACAUAUGAGAAUCAAACAACCUGAACGUCCGCGAAAACUUUUCUUAACAUUGAAGAAUAAGGAAUCGCGUCGUUUCACGAAGUGCUUCCAUGGCUGGUCGAAUCAUAAGAUAAUUAUGUAACUUUUUUAAAAGCACAGUAACAAAAAAAAUGAUCGA